GGGCCUUAGUGGCAGGGUGAUUCAUCUUUGCAAUAUGCGAUCUUCGGCAGGAGAGCCCAAACAUUCUACUUCCUGUCCGUUGCCACGGCAACACUUAACAACAACAAUACCUAACCCAAACCUGGAGACGGCCAGGAGAAACGCUGCAUUCGAUCCUGCGAUAAAUUCAGUGUGUUUCUUUGUGUAGAUAACCGGUAUCAACGUGCAAAAGUAAAUCUUUUGGAGGAGGGUUUUUUCCAUCAGGGUGACGAUGAGUCAACGACAGAUCAUUCAAGUUUUUGAGCAAUAUCAGAAAUCAAGAUUUCAGUUUGUGCAAACUGUUGCUGACCUGGCACUCAGACCCCAAAACAUAGAAAUCCUUCAAAAUGCUGGUGUGAUGUCCCUGCUGCGUCCCCUCAUGUUGGAUGUGGUGCCCAGCAUCCAGCAGACGGCAGCUUUGGCUCUGGGCCGCCUGGCAGACCACAGUGAUGACCUGGCCGAGGCUGUGGUGAAGGAAGAUAUCCUGCCCCAGCUGGUCCAGUCUCUGGCCUCACAGAAUAGGUUCUAUAAGAAGGCAGCAGCGUUUGUGCUGCGUUCAGUUGCUAAACACUCCCCCGAGCUCUCCCAGGCUGUGGUGGCCUGCGGGGGAGUUGAUGCCCUGGUUCUCUGUCUGGAGGAGUUUGAUCCUGGGGUGAAGGAGGCUGCUGCCUGGGCUCUCGGCUACAUCGCACGACACAACGCAUCGUUGUCUCAGUCGGUCGUGGAUGCGGGUGCUGUCCCCCUGCUGGUGCUGUGUCUUCUGGAGCCUGAGAUGGCCCUCAAACGCAUCGCAGCUUCCACCCUCAGCGACAUCUCCAAGCACACACCAGAGCUGGCCCAGACUGUGGUGGACGUUGGUGCCAUCGCACAUCUGGCACAGAUGAUACUCAACCCAGACGCCAAACUCAAGAGGCAGGUGUUCUCAGCCCUCAGUCAGAUCAGUAAGCACUCGGUCAGCCUGGCAGAGAUGGUGAUAGAGGCUGACAUCUUCCCUGCAGCAGUGUCCUGCCUCAAAGAUCCAGAUGACUACGUCAGGAAGAAUGUCACCACUCUGAUGAGGGAGGUGGUGAAACACACACCAGAGCUGUCCCAGGUGAUUGUGAAUUGUGGUGGCAUGGCGGCUGUGAUCGACUAUCUGGGCGAGUGCCGUGGAAACCUGCGGUUGCCGGGGAUCAUGAUGCUGGGAUAUGUGGCAGCUCACAGUGAGAACCUUGCCAUGGCUGUCAUUCUCUCCAAGGGGGUGCCCCAGCUGGCCCUGUGUCUGUCUGAGGAGCAUGAACAUCACAUCAAGGCGGCCACAGCCUGGACCAUCGGCCAGAUAGGUCAUCACACCCCUGAACACGCCAAGGCAGUGGCCACCUCUGACCUCCUGACCAAACUGCUGGAACUCUACAUGGACGCCAGCAGCUCAGAGGACCUGCAAGCCAAAAGUAAGAAGGCUCUGAAGAGCAUUCUGCAGAAGUGCACCUACCUGCCAGGUCUGGAGCCCCUCCUCUACGAUGUUCCAAGCAACAUCCUCAAAUAUGUUGUGUGCCAGUUCAGCAAGGUGCUGCCUAAUGACAGUAAGGCUCGCCGUCUAUUUGUGACCAGCGGGGGGCUGAAGAAAGUGCAAGAGAUCGAUGCUGAGCCUGGCUCCUCUCUACAGGAGCACAUCAAUGCUAUCAACAGCUGUUUUCCUGAAGAGAUAGUCAGGUACUACUCCCCUGGCUACUCAGAGGUCUUGCUACAGCGGUUAGAGAACUACCAGCCUGCCUGACAUCAGUUCACACUACACAUCCUGUUCAAAUGUUAACAUGAAUAUGUACCAUGCCUAUGCCUUUACAGUAAAUGUAAGCUGUUUUAAAGAGCAAUUUCUCAUCUUGUAUAUAUAUUUUUUUUUAUACCUUUAAAUGCAUAUUGGUGGUAACUGCAGCUUGUGUGAAGAAAGGAGACACUAAAGA